AUGGAAGGAGAAGCUUUCACUCCAAAGGACACUAGAGAAGUACAGAAGCAACUACACGCACAGCUGGAGCUCCAAAUCGAAGCACAAGCCAAGAACUUGAAAAACAUGUUUCAGUUCCAGCAAAAGGUUGAGGUGAACCAGCAGUGCAAGAAGGAGCCAAAGGAGGCUGCUCCAGCAGCACUGCGGUCGACAGAAACCAAGGCUGCAGCUCAGACGCCAAAGUGCCUUGAACCGGCCUCCAAGAAAUCCAAGAUUUCAGAAGAGCAAAGGCAAAAUUCUAUCACCAUUGAUGAUGGGACGCAGAGAUUGUAUACUAGUUGUUUCAUUGGCAUUGCCUCUAGAAAAGGAGAGCACUCACCAUACCUCUGGGAAUAAUUGUAAUCUAUUCAUUUAAUUUUCAGCUAGAACUUUCAGAGA